CAGAAAUUAGGGACUAAAUCUGCACUAAAAUAAUUGGCUGUUUUUGGACUCCUAAGAAUGUAGGCGUUCCCUUUAAUCCCAGAACAUCUGCAGUUAGAUCACAGAAUGUCUGCAACUACAUAUUCUACUCGUGAUAUCCAUGUGUGAGAAACUUUGAGCCACAGAACUCCGGACGGCUAGCCAGUGCAGUUUAGCUCUAGAUAAACUCUUCAUGGCUGCUGUUAACCAGUCCCAAAAUAAAAGGACUCCUGGUAUAAUAAAAGGAAUAUCCAGUAAAGCCAUGAGUAUCGCCGACUACAACCAGAGGGCUGAGGACCACCAAUGCCUGCUGGUACUCGUCAAGCCGAUCAUCCAACUCAAGACAAAGUUAUACUCGCGCAUCAUCGACCGCGCAACGAGUGUGACGUACAUCCAGCUACCGGACUCCAAGCGAAGUCUGUGGCUCAGAUACAAGCAACACAUGCACCUGGAGAAUAAUGAUUGGGGAGAGUUUCAGGCCCAUAGGAGAGUGGCAGGGGUCAUCUGCCUCGGCAAGGCAUCAUGCGACAUUGAGCUCGCCACCAUAUAUUCCAACUUUGAAACCCUUAAACAGACGUACCGCUACACGCUCUUUGACGCUCGCUGCUUCCUUUUCGGGAUGACCCAAGCAGACGCGGAGAAGACCGCCUCUGGUAGCCGGCCCGACGUCAUCUACUACUCGGGGUUCGACAACUGCGAGCAGUUGGAGGAUCAUGUGAAGGACUUUGCUUCAUCGCUGUUCUGGGUGCUGGAAUCUAAGAGGCUCGAUCGGAAAAACGACAAGAGCGACAAGUUGCCGUUACUGAUGGCACCCUUUGAGAGGAAAGACAUGGUUGGAAUCGAUACAGAAACACGAACUUUCAAACGUAAAGUCCAGGGAAGAAUGCGCAAACACUUGGCUGACCUGCACCUCUUGGCUGGGCUGACCCAGGAGGCCUACGGUCACUACCAGUCGGCGCUGGAAAUAUUACGAGGCGCAAAUGACUGGCUGUGGAUGGGAGCAUGUUGGGAGGGUAUGUGUGCUGCAUCUAUCAUUCAAAUGUACCCGCCCAAACCUAAGAGUGGCAUCCCCCGGAAUGCUUCGUUCAGCGGUGGCAACGCCCUCAUUGGUGGAGAGAGGAAACACAGAUCAGACUCCUUUGAUGUUGCCAACGGUCUCCCUGACUUUGUCUCGGAGGAGCGACCCCGGAAUUGCCUGUCCUCAGAUGACAUCAUCGAUAAAUACAAAGAGGCCAUCAGUCACUACAGUAAGUACACCAAUGCGGGUAUUGUGGAGAUGGAAGCUUGCAUCAAGGCAACUCAGGUGCUCGUCCAACAAAAGGCUUGUUACUGCAAUCACAAGAAAACUCUGGAGGCUGCAGAAUUUCUUCAAAACGUGAUCUACAUCAACGUGAAUCUGAGCGAUCAGGAGAAAGUGGAACGCUACAGCGCCCUCUCUAGGUUGUUUUCACUCAUCGGCUUCCACCGCAAGGCUGCCUUCUUCAAGAGGGUAGCAGCUAUGCAGUGUGUCACCCCACAGAACCAACACCCUGCGUGGACAAUGUGCAACCAGUUACUGAUGGAGGCAUUGAAUGGUUACAAGCUGACCCUUGACCCUAGGGAUUAUCCUACAGAUCGUCCGUGUGGAUGGCCGAUUCUACAGACAAGAAUACUACAUGAGUUAGUUUUCUCCGCAAGGAGGAUGGGAGAGUACGGACUGGCUAUAAGGGUUUUAUCUUUCAUGAUGCACGUUCUGCAUGACAUGCUGUCCGGCCCUGAGAAGAGAGAGAUAGCCAUCUCACUGGGUACACUGACCACCAAGGUGGCCGGUGUGCCGCACCCCAUAGCCAGAGACAAUGGUGCCAUCAUCCCUGCUGUUCCAUUCACAAGAUUCCCAACAGUAAAAGCCUUCAAGCUGAUAGCGUUGUCACGGCAACUGAUGCCGCUUAUUCACAAAUCCAGUCUUAGCACAAGUCCGUCGAGUGAAUCGCUCGGUCCGUUCAUCUACUCACCGAUACAGAACCGCAUUGGCAAAGAGAAGAAACUCAAGCCAAGAGUUGAUUUCAAGUGGGUGGCAGAAGACGUUUGUGAGAUGUCUCUCAGCUUUUACAACCCUUUACAGUUUGAACUCAGAGUCUCAAACUUGGGCUUUCUAACUGAAGGGUUGAACUUUGACCCCAUCCCAGCCACAGUGACCUUACCAGCAGAGUCUGGUCCCCACAGUGUCUCCAUUAUGGGAACACCCAAGGGGACGGGGGUCCUGACUAUAGUAGGUUACACCACAAACGUCCUUGGAGUGGAAAGCCACUGCCGCUUCAAACACAUCAAAACAAUCCCGCAGAACUUCUACGAGGUGGAAGUGGUCCCCGCCCUACCCCUCCUAAGGGUGAAGACCUCCCUCCCGCAGGCUGUGAGUACCCUCAGCUUGGACCCCUCGGACAGUAAGACCAACACCAGCGCAGCUCUUAGUUUAUAUACAGGUGAAAGUUUUGAAUGUGCUGUGACGUUAACAAAUGGCGGGAAAAUUCCUGUUGAAUCACUCUCAUUAAAACUGACAUCAGAAUCAGGUGUGCUAACGGAUAAAGUGUUCAGUUGGAGUGAAGAGAACAUUCAGACACAGCUCCCUCUACAGCCAGGAAGCCAAAUGAUGUUCACUCUCUACAUCAAGGCAAUAGGGACAUUCAUUAACAAACAGAAAAACAACCUCAACGACAUUCCAGUCACACCCACCCCAAGCAGAGCGAUGGAUUACAGUACUCCUAAAAGUACACCCAAACGGUCAGCAUCCUCUUCCUUUCUAGAGACAUGUAAAACAGACAGCGGGGAGGCGGUGGAACUAGACAGUUUACAAAGGACGAUUGAAGCCAUGUUGAAGUUAUCGUACUCUGGUGGUCCAGGCAUGGAGGAAGACUACCAUAGAGAAGCCAGUAUCUUGCUAAGGAUUGGUAUUAAACCAUCCAUUAUAUUCACCCAGUGGAGUGCUAUACCUGCCACUGAUCCCAAGGAGUUCCACCUGGUGCUUGAUACGUUGAAUGCAACGAGUCAGGAAUUAGCAGUGCAAUAUGGAGACCAGACCUCGCUAAUACUCGGCAGUCAACAGAGCAAACGGUUAGCAGUGAUGGUGAACCGUUACACCGUCGCCCAACCCCGGCCACCCACGCAGAGCAGUUCUAUAGACAGCACCAUGCAAGGCAUCAACCUCUACAACAGCAACAGCAACAUCGGCAAUCCGACGUGGAGGAACGGUGAGGUGCACUCCUCGCAUAGCAGCGAUCUCCUCAGCGUGGGUCUCCAGCCCGUCAGUGGAAGGAGUCUGGAGAUACUGUAUGCAGAGCAACUUGCCACCAUGGUUGACAUCAGAUGGACCUGCCCAGCGUUGAAGAAGUCGGGCGUAGCAAUGUUGGACCAUCUGGAGCUGACGUCGGCCAUGUUGGAUCACAUUAAGAUCUGCCCUAUCCAGUGGGAGGUGCAGCUGAACGAGAGAUCGAUACACAAUGAUGGACCGGCCACAUUCCCUGUUGGAGAGCCACUCUGCAUCCAGGUAUCGGUCACCAAUCUCAUGGAUGAAACUCUUGGUAGAAUACAGUUGUUAGUAGAGCCGUACAUCGACCAUCAAAAUGGAAAUCGCGAUAUCAACCCCAUGGAUAAAGUGGUCUGUUCCGGUAGCUGCAGUAUUAACAGUGACAAGCUGGAAGCUGAGCAGUGUCUUCAGCACACGUCUACGUUUAUCUUCCUCUACCCCGGCCUAGUCAAGUUCAACAUCACCUGCACAGAAAUGGAACCUUCCCAGCUAGAUCAUGUAGAUCAGGGUCCAGCUAUAGGACCCAUUGUCAUCCAGGAAGAUAACAUUUUCACCAAGAGGGUAGGCCAGUCGUGGAAGUACCGUCCAGCCCUGGAGGUGAUGAUCACAUAAUCUGAAAUAUCUGGAUUGAGUUUUAAAGGCAGUGGACACUAUUGGUAGUUACUCAAAAUAAUUCUAAUCAUAAAACCUUACUUGGUAAUGAGCA